AUGAGGAAUGUAUACCAGACAAGUGCUAUUUUCCUGAUACUUAUGAUCAUUUGUUCAACCACUCCAUCAUGCCAAGGCCAAGACCAGCCUCAGGUGGCACACGGUCCUCGUCCCGCCAGGCCUCCUGAGCCACCUUUUACGCCAGUGCCUCAUCCCCCAAAGCCUCCUGGGCCUCCUUUUACGCCAGUGCCUGAUCCCCCCAGUCCUCCUGGGCCUCCUUUUACGCCAGUGCCGCAUCCACCUGGAUGGAUACCCCCACACAGUUUGUUGCAGGCAGAGCAGCCCCACGUGGUAGGAGGUUAUCGGCCCGCCCCCAGGCCUCCUAUGCCUCCUAAGCCGCCAAUGCCGCCUCGUCCACCUCGACCACCUCCACAUAGUUUGUUGGAGGCAGAGGCAAAGUCAGAGACGUGCUACCAUAACAAUAACAAACUCUCUCCGACUGGCUGCGUGCAGAUGUCCAAGAAAAAUGGCUUCAAAACCAAACACAGCUACUACAUCGAGAGACAGGAUGCUAAAUGGGAAUGCUGCUGCCCACAUUAA